AUGAUCCCAACCGUUCGAACUGUUAUUGCGCUUGGAUUCGGCCUUGGCCUUUUAGCCGCUGUGAACGCCAGCCCUUCGAUGCAGAUCGGUGAGCUCGAAACACAAAAAGUGGGAGAAUGUAUCUCUUGGUAUUUGCCUCAGCUGCACGCUCCCCCGGAGACCUGCAAUGACGUCGUCAAUAUGCACCCUGGUCUUGACUUGGCUACCUUCCUGAAGCUAAACCCUGCGAUUCACCCUUACUGUGAGAAUAUGCAGCUCGACGAAAAGGUUUGCAUUCGUGCUAUCCAGGAGACCGACUGCCCAAAGUUGGCAGAACCUAGCCCAAAGCCAUGGGAAGCUAGUUCCGUUCCGAAGCCUCAGGAAACCAGCUCUGCCGCUUGGCAUUAA